GCAUCGUCUUGAGCUGAACCACUCUGUGUUAACACUUCUUCCAUCAUCUUCUUUCAAUACACUAGCUGCCCUAAAAAAAGAGCCCGUGCCAGCACAAGGGUGGUUUGGUCUAGGAAGAACCAACUUUGUCAUUCAAUCAUUCAGCAUGGACAUCCUUAGCCAGAUUCUGGGUCUUCUAUUCCUCAUGGUACUGCAGGCACAAUCCAUGAGCUUAGGAUGGGACGAGGAAUCUUUGACAGAAGGAGGCCAUGCUGUGGAUUGGGUGGGAUAUGGUAGCAAUUUAGAAGCUCCCUCUGUAGAUCAGUCGUGGUCAGAGGAAAACUGGAGUGAUACUUGGUAUAAGGACAAGGAAACAGUUCUAUUGGAGCCUGGUGAGACUGCGACUUUCUCCUUCACUUUUGGGAACCAACAAGCAUCGAAGUACGUGGAAUACAAGAUCUCCAGAGCUAGAACUCUUUCUUCUUCUUAUUCAUCUCUGGUGUUCACCUGUGAUAUGAGGUCUCUGUGGAAUUCGUCAGACUGCAGCAAUGGAAAAGUGACGGUUGGUUACGGACAGAAGACCUUAAGACUUUGCAGUGAGGCUCAUUCCUUAAAGGACGAACAGGCCGGAGGCUUUCUGAAGAUUUUGGCUGAGAAUAAACUGCCGUCUUAUCAUGGAAACAUCCACUGCAGAAUUUAUGCUAAUUCCUGUGGCAAAAGGAACGUGAAAAGAAUUAUUGGAGGAACAGAGACGCUGCCCUACGAGUAUCCCUGGCAAGUGGGACUUCUUUUCAGUAAAGAGUAUCCUGAUUUAAUGUGUGGAGGAUCAAUCAUUGGCCCUUAUCACAUCCUUACAGCUGCACAUUGCAUCUACGGACGAAAAUUCAAACACGGGCCAAGAUUUCGCCCACUGGUGGCUAUCGGGUUGCAUGACUCCAGGAAACCAUCAGCUGCAACUGAGUACCUCAACAUCGCUAAGAUAACACUCCACCCGGCAUAUGACAAUAAGACCAUUGCAAAUGACAUUGCAAUUCUCAAAACAGAACAGCAAAUUCCAUUCGACAUCAAGAACACUGUUUCGCCAAUCUGCCUUCCCGAAGACCCAAACAAUAACUACGACAACACUGAGGUCUUCCUCUGUGGAUGGGGACAAACGAUUGGAAGUGAUAAUAGCUCUUACUCACCUGUUCUUCUUCAUACUGUGACAACAACAAUCACCAAUGCAAUGUGCGAAAAGAUGCUCGGUCCUAAGUAUUUCAUUACUAAUGAGAAAAUUUGUUGUCUAGCCUCUGGAAAAGGACAAAGUUCGCCCUGCUCGGGAGACUCAGGAGGCCCACUGAUGUACCAGCAUGGAGGCCAUGUGGAUCUUAUCGGAAUAGUUUCUGCGGGGCCAGGAAGAUGUCCUAGAGAACUUCCAACAUCAUACACUCGAGUUACCAGUCACUUGGAUUGGAUCAGGCACCAGAUGGAACAACCAUGAAUUCCACAUUGUCUUCACUGAUGCACUGCAACAAUUUUCUGCUAUGCAAUGAAGAUGUAAAAUCUUCCUGAAUAAAUUUAUCAGCA